AUGCUCUUCUCACUUCACAUCACGUGGCCCUACGAUCGCUAUUCACGAACUAAAGCGCUCACCCCGACUGUGACGUCUUGCCAAACUCCACCUGGACGCCUUGACACCUUGACACAGACGCCAAUCUCGACAACGAGCAUCUUCAUCAAUAUACGGAAAGUCCUGUUCGUGGAAGACGUCAAAAAGAUGACGCAAAACUGGGUGGCCGAACACCGGAUCCUCACAGUGCCAGGUGCCAUUCCACGAGCUGCUAAGCUGGCUCGGUUUCUCUCAGAGGAGGAGAUCCAUGAUAUCGCAUAA